CAGUCUGUUUAGAGGUCUAGGCUGAAGCCGGGCUUCCCAGUCUCUGUCCCUCUCGUUUGGGACUCCUGGCCGGCUGCCACUGUUCUCCAAGGCUCAAUCCUCCGUCACUGUGUUGUCUCCUGUUCCUGUUUUGUGUUUUGUGAACGCCAGGCCCCUCUGGGUUCUCAUGUUCACCUCCAGGCAAGGUCUGUACCUCAAGCCCUUCCCAUAGGCCUGCCUUAUCCCAGAGCUGCCACCAUGGUUUGUCCCAGGGAGCCUCCCCACCCUUUCCUGGGCUUGCCAAUUCUUGCGUGGGGUCUCAGAGGUGCCUACACAUUUAGAGAGGACUGGAGAUGAGAGCUGAGAGAAUGACAGAGAGGGGCUCGGAAGUCCCUCUGGAGCAUUUGCUGGGCUACUGACUAAUGGGCACCCGGUACAGGUACAUAGAGGGAGACCGCCCCGGGUCCCAAACAUAUCACAGUGAGUCUGCACCCACAGGUGGUCCUCAUCGUCAGUGGGAACCUGAGCUUCCUGAACUGGCUCACCAUCGUGCCCAGCCUGGCCUGCUUCGACGAUGCAACCUUGGGAUUCCUGUUUCCCUCAGGACCACGAGGCCUAAAGAAGCGAGUCCUGGAGAUGCAGAGGGAAGAUGCACAGAGGGUCCAGCCCAAGCCAAGAUACUUAGGCUGCGUGGUGCGGCAAGUGGCCAACAUCUCCCUGGGCAUCCUGGUGGCCUGGCUCAGCGUACCCGUGGUUAUCAACCUCCUAAGCUCCAAGCAGGUCAUGAACACCUCCUUCAACCCACUCAGGAUUGUCAACACCUAUGGGGCCUUCGGAAGUAUCACCAAAGAACGGACUGAGGUGAUCCUGCAGGGCACAGCGAACCCCAAUGCCAGUGCGCCUGAUGCAGUGUGGGAGGACUACGAAUUCAAGUGCAAACCAGGGGACCCCUGGAGGCGGCCAUGCCUCAUCUCUCCAUACCACUACCGCCUGGACUGGCUAAUGUGGUUCGCAGCUUUCCAGACCUAUGAGCAAAACGAGUGGAUCAUUCACCUGACGGGAAAGCUCCUAGCUGAUGAUGCUGAGGCCCUGUCCCUACUCGCCCUUAACCCCUUUGAGGGUAGGGCUCCUCCCAGGUGGAUCCGAGGAGAGCACUACCGAUACAAGUUCAGCCUCCCCGGUGGCCAGCACGCCGCCCAGGGCAAGUGGUGGAUACGCAAGCGAAUUGGUCCUUACUUCCCCCCACUCGGCCUGGAGGACCUGAAGGAAUACUUUAAGACUCGGGAGUGGCCACUGCCAGAGCCCCCAUCUAGACACACCCUGAAAUAAAGACCAGAGACCGCUUUUCCACCUGUACUUUGUGCUGUGGCCACGGGACCCACACAGUGACCAGGCAGCCCAUGGGUCCUGCCAAGAAGAGGUUUGAAAAAGGUCGUGCUUCCCAGCUGUCAGCCUCCUACCUCUGUCUGUCCCUGUCACCUUGCUAUCCCUUCCCCGUCGUGGAAAGAAGAGCCAGCCAGCCCCAUGCACUGCAUGUGACCACACAGUGGGGUUCCAUGGGCACCAGACCUCCCCUUUAACUGCAGGACAGCAGGUCCUCACUGUCUUCUACGUCACAGGCAGCUGUUGUUGUAAAAAUAUAAAAAUAAAAAAGUAACGGUUGUCUUUUA